AUGCAGAACAUCGAGCUCGGAGAGUCGUCCGUCGACGUCGAGCGCGCCGCUCCUUCGCAGCAGCCUGCUUCCUCAUCAGCCGACAGCCGCGCCUUGUCGUCGCAGCCUCUAAGCGACGUCGCCGGCAGCAGCGGCGGCGGCGCGGGCAGCAGCGGCGGCGCUGGCGCCGGCGGCGAGUGCGACGGCGGCGACGGCGACGGCGAGUACGAGCUCGAUCCGGCGGCGCAGGUCGCCUCCCUCCUCGCGCCCGUCUGCGCGACGAUGGCCAUCGUCGUCUACCUGCUCAAGACGGUCGACGCCGCCGAGCAGCCCGCCUCCGGCUUCUCCGAGAUCAUGGUGUACCAGGAGCACUCCUCGGACGACGCGGCCACCAUCGCCGGCGGCGUCGCGCUCAACGCGCUCGCGAUGGUCGCCCUCCUCUUUGUGGCGAUCAUCGCGUACAACCUGACCAAGCUGCCUGAGUGGACGACGUGGGGCGUCCUCGGCGCGGUGGCGCUCUGGGACAUCGUCGCGGUGCUCACCCCCCGCGGGCCUCUCAAAGUGCUCGUCGAGACGGCCGAGCAGCGGAACGAGCCCAUCCCCGGGCUGGUGUACGAGGGACACGGCAUCAAGCUCGGGCUCGGCGACUUCGUCUUCUACUCGCUCCUCGUCGGCCGCGCCUGCCUCUCCUCGAUCACCGCCUUCGCCGCCUGCGCCAUCGCCGUCCUGGCCGGCCUCUGCGCCACCCUCGCCCUCCUCCCCGUCCUCGAGCGAGUGCUGCCCGCGCUGCCAAUCUCGGUUGCGGUCGGCAUCCUCUUCUACUUCAUCUCGUCGUCGCUCAUCGAGCCGCUCGCCGCCUUCGCCGCUGACCAGUCGCUCUUCCUAUGAGUCAUACUAUGAGGCUGCUGGGGACGCCGAGUAGCGCUACAGUGUGUUCGGCCAUGUGCCCGGGAGGUGCCGCGCGGUGCCGGGAGGAUUACUCUGUCAGCGCACAGCGGCGUCUCGGGUCUCGCUCCUCUCGCGGUCUCGGUCUCGGCGCGGCCUCGCUCGCGCGCGUCUCCGCGCGGCACCCGCUGUGGCUGUUAUGGCUCGGAGAGAGACGAGAGUCGACAUCCUCAGACUCGAGAGAGCGCGACGCCACAGCGGCAUGGAGCGAUUUUUUGAAUC